GUAAAAUACCUCGCCUCGCCGCCUAUAAGAAAGGUCCCUCUCCGUUUCUUCAAACUUUAGUUCUAGAGCCCACCAAAGAAAAAACAAAUACCGGAUAGAUAUUAAAGCAUUUUCCUCGUCGACUUAAAAAAUAGAACAAAAAGGUUCUUCCUUUUCGCAGCUCCAUCGUCCACCAACCUCCUCCGAUUCGGCCGUCGUAGCGUAUAGCCGAAUUGCCCCACUCCAGGACUCUCGCCAGCUUCUCCGGCCGACUAGAGGCUGUUUCCGGCGAGUGCUCGGCUGAUCUCCUCCGCGCGGCUGAGGAGAUCACGCGGUCUCGCUCGGGGGGGCUGGGGCGUGCAUGAUGGGACUUUGGUUGAUUCCGACGAUGGAGACUCCGGCGAGGCUUCUGUGGAGCACCAGCUUCUUCCGCCACAAAAUCGCCGACAUGCUUGCAUCCUCCUCCUGCUUCUUAUAGAUCCCACCCCUCGACGUCGUCGCCGGCAGCUAGCUCGCUAGCUUCUGUACAUACGUCGACGCCAUAUCUAGCUAGUCUCUUCAUCCAGUCCCGAUAAGUGAUAACUAAUAAUUAGGAGCUUGCUUCGACGACCUUGCAUUGGUCCAUGGAGUCCGGACGGCUCAUCUUCAACGCGCCCGGCUCCGGCGCCGGGCAGAUGCUCUUCCUGGACUGCGGCGCAGGCGGUGGUCCCGGCGGCGGCUUGUUGCAUCGAGUCAUGAAGGCGGGAGACCGAUGCUUGGCCUUGAAGAAGGGCGCGGCGUAAAACGGCCCUUCUACACCUCGCCCGACGAGCUCCUCGAGGAGGAGUACUACGACGAGCAGCUGCCGGAGAAGAAGCGCCGCCUGACGCCGGAGCAGGUGCACCUGCUGGAGAGGAGCUUCGAGGAGGAGAACAAGCUGGAGCCGGAGCGCAAGACGGAGCUGGCGCGCAAGCUGGGCCUGCAGCCCCGGCAGGUGGCCGUGUGGUUCCAGAACCGGCGCGCCCGGUGGAAGACCAAGCAGCUGGAGCGCGACUUCGACCGCCUCAAGGCCUCCUUCGACGCCCUCCGCGCGGACCACGACGCCCUUCUCCAGGACAACCACCGCCUCCGCUCACAGGUGGUGUCGUUGACCGAGAAGCUGCGAGAGAAGGAGGCGACGGAGGGCGACGCCAACGGCGCCGCGGCGGCGUUGCCGGCGGUGGGCGUUGUCAGGGCUUCCGUGGCCGAUGACGUCGAGGAACCGGAGCCGGAGCCGGAGCCGGAGGCAGAGGCGGCGGCGUUCGAGGAGCGGCAGGUGAAGUCCGAGGACAGGCUGAGCACGGGCAGCGGCGGGAGCGCGGUGGUGGACGCGGCGGACGCGCUGUUGUACAACGGCAGGAUCGGCGGCGCGGCCGUCGAUAGCAGCGUCGAGUCGUACUUCCCCGGCGCCGAGGUCCAGGACCAGUACCACGGCUGCGGGACGAUGGGUCCAGUAACCCACGGCGCUGGAGGCAUCCAGUCGGACGACGACGACGGCGCCGGCAGCGACGAGGGAUGCAGCUACUACGCCGACGAAGAAGCCGCCGCCGCGUUCCUCUCCGAACACACCCACCACGCGGACGGCGACGACGAGGACGCCGGCCAGGUCAGCUGGUGGUGGAUGUGGAACUAGCAGAGCAAUCUUCCCGCGGGGACCGACCGCCAAAUCUCGUGCCAAAAAAAAAUUACUGUAUGCAUUUUCGCAUGUGUAAUAGCUGUGAGUGAAAGUGAAACCGAUAGCGCGUUCUGUCCGAAUUUUUUGUUUUUUUAGCUCCUUUUGCGAUAAAAAUUUACGUUUAGACCCCAGAAAUUUUAUUUGCGAGUUUAGACC